GGCCAUGCUAUUCAAACAGCAGGCGUUGCUGAGACAGAAGCUCCUUGUGCUAGGCAGCCUUGCUAUUGGAAGCCUUCUCUAUCUAGUUGCCAGAGUUGGGAGCUUGGAUAGACUGCAACCCAUUUGCCCUAUUGAAGGUCGAUUUGGACUCCAUGGGCAAGAUGAAAUCCCACUCAGAGCUCUACAGUUUAAGCGUGGAUUGUUGCAUGAAUUCCGAAAGGGUAAUAAUGCCAGCAAAGAGCAAAUUCGACUUCACAGCUUGGUCCAACAAAUCCCCAAGGCCAUAAUAAUUGGAGUGAGGAAAGGGGGAACGCGGGCACUACUAGAAAUGCUCAAUCUUCAUCCAGCAGUGGUCAAAGCCUCUCAAGAAAUACACUUCUUUGACAAUGAUGAGAACUAUGCCAAGGGCAUUGAGUGGUAUAGGAAAAAAAUGCCAUUUUCAUAUCCUCAUCAAAUAACCAUUGAGAAAAGCCCUGCAUACUUUAUCACAGAGGAGGUCCCUGAAAGGAUUUAUAAAAUGAACUCAUCCAUCAAAUUACUGAUCAUUGUCAGGGAGCCCACAACAAGAGCUAUUUCUGAUUACACUCAGGUGCUGGAGGGAAAGGAAAGGAAGAAUAAAACCUACUACAAAUUUGAAAAGUUGGCCAUUGAUCCUAACACCUGUGAGGUGAACACUAAAUACAAGGCAGUCAGAACCAGCAUCUACACCAAACACCUGGAGAGAUGGUUAAAAUACUUUCCCAUAGAGCAGUUUCAUAUUGUGGAUGGGGAUCGUCUCAUUACAGAACCGCUGCCAGAACUCCAGCUGGUAGAAAAGUUCUUAAAUCUUCCUCCAAGGAUAAGUCAAUAUAAUUUGUAUUUCAAUGCCACCAGAGGGUUUUACUGCUUGCGAUUUAACAUUGUCUUUAACAAGUGCCUGGCGGGAAGCAAAGGACGCAUUCAUCCGGAGGUAGAUGCCUCUGUCAUUACCAAAUUGCGCAAAUUCUUUCAUCCUUUCAAUCAGAAAUUUUACCAGAUCACAGGAAGGACAUUUAACUGGCCCUAAGAUAAACUUCCUACAACACUGUGUGUUGCACCUGGAGAUAUGCAACUAUAUCUCUAUUAGAGUAUAUAAAAAAUAUGCACUUUUCAUACUCUCAGUUAUCAAAGUAAUCUUUUUUUUUCAUGCGUACUUGUACAUAUGCAGUGUGUGACCAAAUAUAAGAUGGGAUCAAUUUUUCUACAGAACAGUGCAUAACGUGAAAUUUAUUCUCUGCAUAAUUGCAUCAUUUUAUGCUGUACAAUUAAAUGAGAAAAUGUCAUUUAAAGAAAUUAACUCAGCUACUCGGUUCAAAGGGUCAUCACUAUUAUUUGCUCCAUAAAAUUUAAUAUUAAAGGUAUCUGGAGAAAGGCAGAAUAUUGCUUUAAAAUUCAUUGCAAUUCUAAUUCACUGCAAUUAGAAUUCAUUUCUGAAAAAUCUGCAAUGUAAUAUUGUAUUUCUAAAUAUUGUUUAGAAAUAUUAUAUUUCUAUUAUAACAUAUUUCUAAAAGAAUAUUGGCCCUUUAAAGAGAAUACAUUUAUGCUGCAGGCUUAUAAUGGCUUAUCACUGCUCCCUAGGAAACCUCUAUUUUGGUAACAAGAAGGGGCUAAUAACAUUUUUAUGAAUAAUUCUCACUGCUUCCAUGAAUUGGGGUGGGGCAAUUAUGCCAAUUAAAUGGAUAAAAAGCCAAUAUAAGUUUGCUGUGUGAUUAUACCCUAUAUAAUGCUAAGUUCUUUUGAAAAAUCUUUUCCUAGUGUUGAAAAGAAACUUUCUCAUCCAAUCAACAUAGUUUCAAAUUUCCUGUGGUGAGUUUGCACUAUUGUUUUUAAUUGUAUGGACCAUCUUGGCACUUAGAGCAUGUCAAUCAUGUGUCAAAACGGAAGUCUUUUUUCUCCCUUCUAUGCUUGUAUGUUGACAAAAAUUUGAUGUACAUAUUGUAUAUUGUUUGUAAAUACUGGUUUCACACUAAGUAAUUCUAUUUUGUAAACUAAAUAUGGCUAUUUAAUUUAUUGUGAAAAUUAAAUUUAUUGUG